UUUUCACAAAGACAACAUCAAGUAAAAAAAGAUGUUGAAAAGGAUGAAGCCCACAAGUUGGAAUAAUGAAGUAACACCACCACCACCACCACCCAUCAUCAACCAGCAACACCAUAUCAGCAUAAUUCCGACUGCUUCUUCACGACCACAGCCGUUGAAUCUACCAUGGCGAGACCUUCCAAUUAAUGCAACAGGAGAAGACUACAAUGAGACAUGUCUUCCUUUGUAUAAAGCCUCCAUGGAGGGAAAUUUGGAAGCUGCUAGAGUGAUCCUUGACAACCACCCACACGCCAUACGAUUUAGCCUAACCGAAAAUAAUGACAAACUACUUCACAUUGCGGUAUUAGGGUCGGAGUCAAAGCCAUUUGUCGAAUAUCUGAUGACCAUUAUGUCAAAAGAGGACUUGGAACUACAGAAUAAGAACGGUGAAACCGCUCUUUGUAUAGCAGCUAUUACUGGAAAUGUUGAAAUAGCUAGGAUUUUGGUGACUAAAAAUGACAGACUCCCGCAUAUCCCUGAUAAUGAAGGAAAGACGCCGCUAUACAUUGCCGCUCUAUACAGGAAGGAGCCUAUGGUGAAUUUUCUCUACGAAGCAUCUGACCAAAUGACCGGUGAAUUUUGGACACAAGAGACUCGAGGUUCGGUUCUUGUUAAAUGUGUCGAGGCUAAUUUAUUUGAUGCUGCGUUAAAGAUGGUGAAUGAGGAUGAGGAACUUGUUAAAAACAAGAGUGUACUUGGACAAUUGGCUCGGUAUCCUGAAGCACUUUAUGUUAAGAGACCGGGUAUAAUCAAAAGAUUCAUAAGUUCGUUUUUAGCCAUUUGUCAUUGGAAGAAUAUAUUUCCUGAUGAAGAUAGCCAGGCAAUGCAAUUACUAAAAACAAUUUUGAAUAAGAUGGAGAAAUUGUCCAAGGAUGAUUUUGAUGCAAUUAUAAAGGGGCCUCCUGAUGAUGAGACUAACCAAGAUGAAAGAUCGAUAGUUUAUCUUCAAGACACACAAGAAGCACUACAUCUACUAAGAGCCAUAUCGGAAAACAUUGUGAAAAUGCCAGCCAAAUUUUUUAGCCUAUUUAGAACGCAGCCGGCUGAUGAAAAACCAACGCCUUUAAAGGACAUUAAGCCAAAAUACUCUUCACGGGUGCUAUUUCUUGCUGCAGAAGUGGGUAAUACUGCAUUUGUUGUUGAGGUCAUCCGAAAAUAUCCACAUCUAGUUCUACAGGUCAAUGAUGAUAACCAAAGUAUAUUUCAUGUUGCUGUCUCGUAUGGUCGCGAGGGUGUCUACAAACUGCUAAAGGAGAUCGGCCCUAGUAAGGAUAUAGUCAUUGCUCUUGAAGAUAAGAAUGGCAACAAUAUGUUACAUAUAGUUGGCGAGAAAGCUAAGAAUAAUCAAGUUCAAAACAUCAGAGGUGUGGGUCUGCGAUUAAAUCCAGAAAUUUUUUGGUUCAAGGAAAUUGAGAAAAUGAUCCCUCUUCAUCUUCAAAAUAAAAAGAACGCUGAAGGUCUAACACCACAUAGAGUUUUCAUCAAAAUCCACAAAGAUCAAUUUUCAAAAUGUGAAGAGUGGAUGAAAGAUAUAGCUUCCCAACUAAUGGUGGUCGCAGCUCUUGUGGCCACAACAUCAUAUCAGGUAGUCUUCAACCCUCCAGGUGGAUACGAUGAUACUGGUGUACCGAAGUUUAUCACUCUUAUACCUUUCAACGCUUUCUUAAUAUCCAAUUGUGUGUCAUUGGUAUUCUCUACAACCUCAAUCCUCAUGGUUUUAUCUAUCCUUGCGUCUAAUUAUGAAGAAUAUGAUUUUAUGAUCCCACUAUCCAAACAGCUAAUGAUAUGUCUCGCUACAGUAUUUAUCUCUAUAGCGAGCAUGAUCAUCACUUUUCUUAUCAACUUUUUUUGCGUUUAUAUUGAUUUCUAUUACUGGAUACCAUCUACCUUCACCGUUUGUGCUGCCAUCCCGUUCGUAAUUUUUUGCGUCUCCAAGUAUGAUGUUCUGGGUCACUUUAUACGUGGUUAUAGAAUGCUAUAUCAGACCAAUGUUUCUACUACGAAGCUUCACUUGAAGUAAUGUUCUUCUGUAAGGCUAGCUAUUGUUUGAAAGUUGAUGAUUUGGUGUUGUAUAAGUUUAUACAAGACAUGUAUUUCGCUACCAUUUGUGGCUAUUAGGCCAAAACUUAUGAUUGUUUGAAUUAAGAAAUGAAGUUAUGUUUAUUUUUUGUA